CGCUCGGGCACAAGGAAGGCUGGCUGGUGCAAGUAAAGUAUUAUUACCGCUACCGCCACUUCACCACGCCGUGACAGAACAGAGUGACACUUCCUCCUAGAGUCCUAGCGUUUCGUUUUUAUUACGCGGUGAUGGUGAAUGAUGAGGAGCAUCAUCUGGACUGAAACCACCCCAGGCCCCGACUCCGGCCAAUAACCACGCAACCGCCAAGAUUAGCAGAACCCCAGGAUUAACCAGGCCACCCCCGCGCUCCAGCCUCCCGCGCCCGGGCCGCCCUCGGGCCCUUCCCCCCUCCCCGCGCGAUCGCCGCCGCAGCAUCAAUGCCUCCACCUCCGCCGCCGGCCGCCUGCAGCAGGGGGCGGUGCAGCGCGCUCAGCUUCGCGGCGGCGCGGGACCGCUGCUUCAGCCACCGCUUCCGCAGGGCGGGGCUGCGCCCGCUCGCCGUGCCGCUCCCUGGCCCGGGCCCCGACGCCGACCCGGCCACCACCGUCCACAUGUGGGUGCCCGCGGGCCCGCCGCCGCGGAACCCGCUGCUCCUCCUGCACGGCUUCGGCGCCUCCGCCACGUGGCAGUGGGCGCCCUACCUCCGCCCGCUGAUCGCCGCCGGCUUCGACCCCAUCGUGCCCGACCUCCUCUUCUUCGGCGCCUCCUGCACGCGCCUCCCCGACCGCUCCGACGCCUUCCAGGCCUCCGCCAUCAAGGCCGCCAUGGACGCCAUCGGGGUCCCCAGGUUCGGCCUCGUCGGCGUCAGCUACGGCGGCUUCGUCGCCUACCGGAUGGCCGCCAUGUUCCCUGAGGCGGUCCACCGGGUCGCCCUGGUCUGCGCCGGGGUCUGCCUCGAGGAGAGAGACCUGGCGGAGGGCCUCUUCCCCGUGGCCGGGAUCGGGGAGGCCGCCGCGCUGCUCGUGCCGCACCGCCCGGAGGAGGUGCGCCGCCUAGUCCGCCUCACCUUCGCGCGCCCGCCCCUCAUCAUGCCCUCCUGCUUCCUAUGGGACUACAUCAAGGUGAUGGGCUCUGAUCAUAUCCAGGAGAAGGCUGAGCUGCUAUACGCUUUGAUUAACGGGAGGCAACUCUGUACUCUUCCAAAAUUGACCCAGCCGACGCUUAUAAUCUGGGGAGAGCAAGAUCGGGUGUUCCCAAUGGAGCUGGCUCACAGAUUGAACGGGCAUCUAGAGGGGAAUUCUCGAUUAGUUGUCAUAAAAAAUGCUGGGCACGCGGUCAAUAUCGAGAAGCCCAAGGAAGUGUGCCGGAGCAUCAUUGAGUUCUUCAAGGAGCCUGUCGCUGGAGCUGCAAAUGCGGACGACAAGGUGUAGUAGCUUCCACCAAUGGCGGACGUGGAUAGGUUUUCGCUGGGCAUCGGCAGACGGCACACCCGCUUGUGGAACGCAAACACAAGGCAGAUACGUGGCAUUGUACAUCUACAUCCCUCUGCCAUUGUUCUGAUGUACUUAAAGGGUGUAUGUAGAGUCAUUGCAGUAGCGAUUCAUAAAGCAUGUAACGGGGAACAGAGGGAAACCAUAGUGGCUCAAAUCCGAGUGAAACCACUGUGUUGUUGCC